AUGCGUAGUAAACAUUUGAGUGAGUCAUUUGGUUGAGAAAUUCGUUUCUUUUAUCGACUCUCAGGAGCUUUAUAAAUAGAGAGAACCCUGACGUGUCAUUAAAUCUAAACUACAGAAACAGCCAGAAAAUCUCUCAUCAUUCGAAUUUUUCUUUUUAAAUUAAACUUGAAAAGCUUCUUAAUAAAAAAUGAAGUCGCUUGUGUUACCGAUCGUAUUCAUCUUGAUACAUUUAACAACAGCUUGGAAAAGUAAGGAUAAAAUUCUACUUACCGACUUGAAAGUGAUAACCUUACAUUCUGGAAGAAUGACAAAUGCCAGAAGAUCUUCGCCAGUACCUCAUCUCAAAUGUGUCGGUGGAACUUCAGGUUGCAGCUCAUUUAUACCUCAGACUGUUCAAUGCUAUAAUAGGGGAAGCGAUGGCUAUGACGUUCAAUGGGAAUGUAAAACUGAUAUGGAUAAUGAAUAUCGUUUUGGAAAGAUUGAAGUAUCCUGCGAGGGCUACGACUAUCCAGAUGAUCCUUACGUUUUAAAAGGCUCAUGUGGAUUAGAGUAUACUUUGGACUAUACAAAAGAGGGCCAUGAAAAGAAAAACCAUCAACACAACUAUGGAUAUAAUAAACCUCAUUAUCAUAAACAGUCUGGUUAUAGUCAACAUCAUCACAGUGAAGGAUCUAUGCUGGGGCAUAUUGUCACUUUAGGAAUAAUUGCUUUUGUUAUUUAUGUUAUAUACAAAACGUGUUUAUCAACUAAUCAUCAAGCGGAAGAUGCUCCUCCUCCAUACGGUUUCCGUCCAGAGUAUACCGGAGGCUACCCAGAUAACUCGCAAGGAUGCCACACUAACUCUGGAUAUUCUUCAGGAACCGGAGCUGGAACUGGAACUGGAGGUGGAGGAUUUUGGACAGGAGCGGCCACUGGAGGGUUAUUAGGCUAUUUGUUUGGUAGUGGAACAAAUACUAGAUAUUAUAAUCAACCUUAUUAUGGAACAAGAAAUAGGGGAUGGGGUGGCUGGGGUUUUACUGGUGGAAGCAGUGGUUGGGGUUCCACUGGCGGAAGCAGCGGCUGGAGUUCAAGACCAACUCCAUCAGCUCCAAGUAGUUCGGGAACGAGAACAGCUUCUGGUUUCGGUGGAACUCGACGUCGAUGA